GCUAAGAUUAAGUAAGAAUGGCUACAAAUAAGUGUGUUACUGUGCUAACACCUAAUGGACGUCGUUCGAAUAUUAAAAUUUCACCUAAUUCAACGAUAUUACAAGUUCUCGAAGAAGUUUGUCAAAAGUACGAUUUCAAUCCAGAUGAAUAUGACUUAAAACAUUAUAAUCAAAUUCUGGAUGUUAACUUAAUUUUUCGAUAUUCCAAUAUAUCAAAUAAUGCUUCUCUAGAAAUGGUUAAAUGCAAAAAUCCAAGGAAAGUGUCAAAUGUAGGAAUUUGUAUUCAGUUGGAAAAUGGAGAUCGAUUAACAGGUGAAUAUUUCCCAAAUGUGAAUAUAACAACAAUUCUCCAAGAUUUAAAUAUUCAAUAUAAUACAAACUCGGCUGUCAUAAUAUAUACGCAAAGAGAAAUUUGUGGGAAAGACUUUGAAACAGUGACAUUAAGAUCGCUGGGAUUAGGGAGCGGUAAAGCACUUUUUAGACUACUUGAACGGAAUCCAGACACAUUGAAGGAUCAAGCUCAUGUUUAUGUACCUUCGAAAUCAAAAGUCUCUAAACCUAAUGAGAAUGAAGAUGAUAAAGUUAGACCAAAACCAGUUAUGGAUCCUAAUAAAAGCACAGUUCUAAAUCCCAUUUCUAUCAUUAAAGCAAAGAAGGAACAUUUACAAACAUCAAACGAUACACAAAAAGCAAAAGAAACGGAGAAUAAAAUUACAACACCAUUAUGCUCUACAAAUUUAAAUAAAGAAAUAGAAAAUGAAAAUGAAAAUGCAAUGGAAAUUCAUGAAAAUGAUGAACCGAUGCCAAAUAAAACUGUGAAGGAAGAAAUUAAAGAGCCUCCGAUUGAAUUUCUGGGAGAGAGGAAUGCUUUAUUAUUUAAUCAAGCGGGUGCCGAAGCCAUAGAUCAGGAUGACAUUCCAGAUGAUUUCUUUGAUUUAACCGUUAAUGACGCUAAAAUUUUAUUACGCGAUGUAAAGAGAAUGCAAUCAAUGCUCGAGGAUGCUCCUCUUAUAACUGCUGCACAAAGGGAAUUGGAAGAAAAUAAAACAAAAUUAAAUAUUUUACACAAAUAUCAACAAGCUGUCAUUCGAAUACAAUUUCCAAAUCAAUUUGUUCUUCAAGGAUUAUUUGGUCCUCUUGAAACUGUACAAUCAAUAAAAGAUUUUAUCAAAACUUAUCUCGAACAUCCAGAAGAAGAUUUUGUACUCUAUACAUCGCCUCCUCGUUGCGAUUUGGUUGCCGAUAAACAUUUAUUUGAUCAGAAUCUCGUUCCUACUGCUAUUAUUUAUUAUUCGGGAAGCUCCGACCUCAAACUAGAAGUGAAAUCAAAAUUGACUGAUCCUACGAUAGCUAGUACACAGGCUGUAAAAACAAGGUGA